UUGGUGGACGGUCCCUUGGCCCUCGGGAGCGGGAGAGGCAGAGCGCAGCUGGUCCGUCCGGGUCAGUGAACGCAACAGCAUCACUGCAUGAAUGACAGCGCACUUGACCGACGCAGGGAGACACUUCGUCACCUUACACGAAUCGAGAGAGCGCUUCGUCCGUCUGAGCUGGAUUUAUUACACCUCAGCUCACUUCACGGAUCGAUUCGCAACCCGCAGCCACCGGAGCAGGACGUGUCACCGUAGUGAUACAGCCUCCAUCUUCGCUGUGACCAAACCAUGAAGAGAUGACCGGCUGUAGAGCUGACAGUAGUGGAGCUGACGGUAAAUGAGAGGCCAUCACCAUGCCCCCGGGGAAGUAUGGGAUGCAGGAGGAAUGGGAGAAGAAGGGGGACCAGGAGAUCAUGAUGGACUUCCUGCUGCCUACUGGAAUCUUCCUCAAAUUCCCUGUUUCUCGAAACGACACCAUCAAAAACAUCAAAAAACUGGUUUGGAAAAAUGCCAGAAGCGAGGCUCUGUUCAGUGCACUGGGUGAUCCUGACGCUUAUGUCUUCACCUGCAUCAACCAGACAGCAGAAAGGGAGGACCUGGAGGAAGAAUCGAGGCGUAUUAGCGAUGUGCAGCCCUUCAUGUGUGUGCUGAGGCUUGUGGCGAGGGAGGGCGACCGAGUGGAGAAACUCACCAACACUCAGAUCAGCCUGCUAAUUGGCAAAGGUUUGCAUGAAUUUGAGGCCCAGAAGAACCAUGAGGUGAAUGAGUUUCGAAGUAAGAUGCGUACUUUUUGUGAAGAGAAGGCUCAAGAGCGGCAGAAGUGGCCAUGGUACCUUUGGCUGAAGUACAGCUUCCCAUGUGACCUGGAGCCAUGCUGCUCUCUGCCAAGCACCAACUCAAAAAACACCAAGAAGAUUUUUGUCAACAUCAAGUUUGAGGCUUGUGAUGAAAGCUUCAUGCUGCAGCAGGAUCCUCAAGACCUUCCAGUGGUCUUGAUGAAGAGCGCCUUGAAGAAAAAGGCCACCGUCUUUCGCUCAGUGAGACAAGAACCCAAGGACUACACCUUACAGGUCAAUGGGAUGUGGGACUUCAUUUAUGGGAAUCACCCCCUGUGCCAGUUCAAAUACAUUUUCUCGUGUUUAAGAAAUGGCCAAAACCCUCACCUAAUCAUGGUGCACCACUCCACCAUCAGCAAGUAUCAGGAGGAGCAGGGCAUAUGCAACCAGGUAUACAAGAGCCGCUCCCUGUCCAGACCCCCUCCACUGCCUCUGAAGAAGCAGAAUACGUCCUCUUUGUGGUCCAUCAAUGAGCCUUUCUACAUUCAGCUACUGCAGGGCAUUCGAGUCAAUGCAGACGAAGGGAUGAAGCUCGUGGUGCAGGCUGGUCUGUUCCAUGGCAGUGAACUGCUCUGUAAGGUGGUGACGAGCUCGGAGGUCACAGUGUGCUCUGAGCCGCUGUGGGAUCAGAAGCUGGAGUUUGACAUAAACGUGGCUGACCUGCCCCGCAUGAGCCGCCUCUGCUUUGCACUCUACGCUGUCAUCGAGAAAGCCAAGAAACCCCGCGGCACCAAAAAGAAAAAUAAGAAAGCGGAUUGUCCAAUUGCCUGGGUGAACACGAUGGUGUUCGACUACAAAGACCAGCUGAAGACUGGAGAGUUCCUCUUGUCCACUUGGCCAUCUGUUCCUGAUGAAAAAAGUGACCUGUUGAACCCAAUGGGAACAGUUGAGAAGAACCCAAAUGUGGACAGUGCUGCAGGGCUUCUCAUUCGCUUCCCCAACAUCCGGCCAUAUCCUCUCUAUUACCCUCCGCUUGACAAGGUAAGUGAAAUAGAGAGGAAUGGUGAUAUAUCAAUUGCCACUAAAGAAGAGUACAUAAAACUAAAAGAAAUCAUGGACAACAAAAACUACACUGAGUUUUUUGAGGAUGAGAAGGAGCUUUUGUGGAAGCUACGUGCCGAAGUCUGCAACCAUUAUCCUGAAAGUUUGUCCAAGCUGCUCCUCAUCACUAAGUGGAAUAAGCGCGAGGACGUAGUUCAGAUGAUGAGCCUACUGAGGAGCUGGCCAGACCUCCCUGCCAUCCAUGCCUUGGAGCUCCUAGACUACAGUUUUCCUGACCCAGCUGUUCGUUCUUUCACUGUGAAAUGCCUGAGGAAACUCAGUGAUGAUGAACUACUGCAAUGCUUAAUCCAGCUGGUUCAGGUCCUGAAGUAUGAGUCCUACCUCGAGUGUGACCUCACCACUUUCCUGCUAGAGAGGGCUUUGUCUAACAAAAGGAUAGGACACUUUCUGUUUUGGCAUCUGAGGUCAGAGAUUCAUGUAGCCUCUGUGAGUUUGCGUUUCGGCCUGAUUCUGGAAGCUUACUGCAGAGGAAACAUCCACCACAUCAGAGGCUUAACCAAACAGAAUGAGGCUCUUGGCAAAAUGAAGGCCCUGAGUGACUUUGUCAAGUCAGGCUCCCAGAAGAUGACAGCGGAGGACCUGAAACUGUGUAUCAGACAGGAGUCCUACCUGGAGGCCCUGUCAGACCUGCUGUCACCCCUCAACCCUAGCAUCAUCCUAGCUGAGAUCUGCGCAGAUAAAUGCAGAUUUAUGGACUCCAAGAUGAAGCCGCUCUGGCUCAUGUAUAAGAGCCCCUGGGCUCAACGAGACAUGGUGGGCAUCAUCUUCAAGAAUGGAGAUGAUCUUCGACAAGACAUGUUGACCCUCCAGAUGAUCCAGCUCAUGGAGAAUUUAUGGAAGAAAGAAGGCCUUGACCUCAGGAUGAUCCCAUAUGGCUGCUUGUCCACUGGGAACAAGACAGGGCUCAUCGAGGUAGUAAAGAACUCCGAUACCAUUGCCAAUAUCCAGCGCAACAGCAGUAACAGUGCUGCCACUGCUGCCUUCAACAAGGACGCCCUGCUCAACUGGCUUAAAUCUAAGAAUCCUGAGGACAAACUCGACCAAGCAAUAGAAGAGUUCACGCUGUCCUGUGCUGGCUACUGUGUAGCUACUUACGUCUUGGGCAUCGGAGAUCGUCACAAUGAUAAUAUCAUGAUCAGGGAAACUGGACAGCUGUUCCACAUUGACUUUGGGCACUUCCUGGGCAAUUUCAAGCGGAAACUAGGGAUCAACAGGGAGCGUGUGCCUUUCAUCUUGACUUAUGACUUUGUCCAUGUGAUCCAGCAAGGAAGAACAAACAACAGUGAGAAGUUUGAGAGGUUCAGGGAGUACUGCGAGCGGGCUUAUAAGAUCCUGUGUCGGAGUGGGAUGCUGUUUGUCAACCUCUUUGCUAUGAUGAAGGCAGCGGGGCUGCCAGAGCUCACCUCCUUCAAAGACAUCCAGUAUCUAAAGGACUCUUUAGCUUUGGGCAAAUCAGAGGAUGAGGCACUGAAGAAUUUCAAGGUAAAGUUCAACGAAGCCCUGCGAGAGAGCUGGAAGACCAAGGUCAACUGGAUGAUGCACUCCUUGGCCAAAGAUAAUAGACCGUGAAGAACACUGACCCAAUGAAACCUGAGGACCAGCGGGGGAAAAUAGUAUGGAUUUUAACUUAUGGAGCUAAAAGGGAAGAAAACACAAUCAAAAACUUUACUUUAUUGAUGGCAUUUAAAGACAUUCAGCAAGUGUUUACAUCUGACUGGCCUUCCUGUGGUAAUUAAUGACUAGGUGGAGGCAUCCAAAGACAAUGAGAUAAUUAUGGAGCAUCAUUUCAAGACACAGAUAUUUUCACAGUAAAGGAGAGCCACCACACUCUUCUUGUUGGAAUGCCUUUGACUUGGGGCCAUAUCAAGCCAGAUAAUAAAUGUGCUUUUGAUUUGUUGAAAUUGUUACUUGAACAUCACUUGCUCAUGCAAAGGUGUCAUAAGUCACUGAAACAGAAGCAGAGAAA